AUGUCAUCUGCGAUUCAGAAAGAAGUCGAAAUAUACGUUAUCUUUUGUAAAUUAACUAGCGUGAACACUUUGCAAGGAAAAUUCGAAGGUGAAGUUGAUAUUGUUUCAUCAUGGCUAGAUAAUAUUCAUGGAAAUUACGAUCGUGAUCGACAUUGGAAUCCUGAACUUGUCUAUGAGAAUUCCAUAGAUAAAGACGUUAAGAUUCGAACGCGUGUAGAAGUCAAACCGCAUAAUAACGAUGAACAUCAAUCUGUGCGCGUUGUACAAUAUCAAAAGAUCAUCGGCACAUUUUCCGAAUGGCUGCAUAUCAGACAAUUUCCAUUUGACGUUCAAAAAAUCGGUGUUCUAAUCACAAGUCUCCAUCCGAUAACUCGUAUUAAAUUCAUUGGUAAACAAGAAUAUUGUUAUCUAGCUCAAAAAGCAAUCCGUGAAAACGAUACGUGGGAUUUUAAUCAAACUGUAUCAAUCAAUUAUAGCACCUACCAAGAACAUACUCCCUACUUACGUUCGCAACAGUAUCCAUUGAUUAAAUUAAAUGCUUUAAUAGCUCGUAAAAGUCAAUUCUAUCUUACGAAUUUAAUCUUACCAUUAUUCUUAGUAACAUCAACUGUAUUCGUUUCAUUUACGCAUGACCCGGCAGCCGUUGGUUCACGUCUUUCAGCAUGUGCAACAACACUUCUCACAUCCAUUAAUUUUCGUUUUGUUAUACAUAAUUACCUUCCCAACAUUCCCUAUUCCACCUAUCUCGACAUGUAUUCCAUGGGUUCCAUUGUUUUCAUAACUUUGGUCUUCGGUUGGCAUGCGUACAGCAUCAGACAAUUAAACAAGCUGACCUAUGCACUGUUAGAUAUCUACGUUUUAUCUUUAUUCGGAGCGACUUAUUUGAUAGGACAUGUGUUAUUCAUCAUAUUUGCAUGGGUUCUACCAAAGCGACGGCAACGACUCUUUCUAAAGAAGACACCUCAGACAAUGAUGACAUCCGAUGAAAAACAACUAAUCGAGUUAGAACAUCUGCUUGGUUAUGAACGUAGUAUGGAUAAGAAAGUUGUUGAUUAG